CAUCCCUUUCUCCUCCAGCGCCGGCCGCCCCCUAACCCCCGAAAGAGAAGCUCCCAGCUGCAAGUCAAUCUUGCCUCCUACCCUCGCCGGCUUUUCCAAUCUCAAUGGAACCCGAUGGCGCCGCUGCCACGCUUCGGAACAUCAACGACGCGAUAGAGGAGGUGCGCCGCAGAAGCCUCCGCGAUAGGGGCUGGACCAUCGAGGAGGCGAUCAAGGACAUGCGCAGUGGAAUGUGGGAGUGGCGUCGCAAGGCCUCCCGCAGGCUGCAGGCCAACGCCGGCCUCGCCGAGGUUGACCCAUGGGAUCUCCCGCGGCGAUUCGCCAUGCCGAAGGAUCAGAGGACCUCGAGCCUGCGGACAUAUUCUGGUUACUGGAAAGAGAAAGAAGAUGAGUUCAUCGCGAUCCGCAAAGGGGGAGGAGAAGGCUCGUCCUCGCCCUCCAGCUCGCCGUGCUACGAUGGGGUUAGGAGGACCCUGGAGUUUUACGAGCACAACGGCACCAAGACGGACUGGGUCAUGCACGAGUACUACCACCUCGCUGGCAACAAGAUUCUCCAGGAGGAUGUGGUUCUUCGUAAGGUAUUCAAUAAAAAACACACAGAUCGGAUCCACUCUUGUUUGGAGAGUCUUGACAGGGUCAUGAAAGCUUACCAUGAAGCACUCGGCAAGCACGGUAACGUUAUAAGGAAAGUGUUCUUGAGCGUUGAGAUGUCGCUCCGGUCCUCUCUAUUGUUGAUCGACCACCUAGGAGAUUUUGAAGAAGCAGAAUCUGGGUGUGGGGAGUUCCCAACUGCGUCCGCUGCUCCAGAUGGAGAAUCAGAUGAUGUUUGGCAGCACUUCACCAGGAUAAACACCAAAGAUCCCGAUGUGGUGUACGCAGCGUGCCACCGCUGUGACAGGGUGCUCAGGGCUCAUUCCAAGAAUGGCACUUCUCACCUCAGAAGGCACCGUAAGACUAAGACAUGUAAAUGCAACAGCAAUCCAUCAUCCACCACUGAGGACCAGGAGAGCCUGCGUGAGCUCCGCGCAAACCUUGAUCUCUACAAGCAGGGGAAGAUGGAGGGAAGGGUUGUCGACUCUCCGGACCUCAACGCUAGUGUGGAUCCGUGGGAUCUUCCCACCCCACGCUACUGCACGAGCUCGCUGAGCCGGAAGACGCAUCAGGGGUGCUGGGAGGAGAUUAAGAGUAAUGACAAGCUCAUCGCCAUCCGCAUCGGUCAGUUGCCGGUGCCGCAGUACGCCGGGCUGAAGAGGACCCUGGAGUUCCACCAUGAUGACGGCACCAAGACGGACUGGAUCAUGCUCGAGUACCACCAGGUCGAUGAGUACAACACCCACGACCUGCUUCUUGAGGAGAGCAUGGUGUUUCGCAAGGUAAUCCAAAUUUUCAAAGAUGCGGUCAAAGAGUUGGAAAGGAUGUGGAAUGGGGACGACGACGGAGAAGAAGAGCGCUACAUCGGUGAGCGUGAAGAAGAGGUGAAGGCGUGCAUGAGCACCUUGCUCCGUGACUGCUUGCUCGGUGAGGCUGGUCAAAGUGAUCAAUCACGGGUUGGAAAGCGCAAGAGAACUGGUGCUCCGGAGGGCGGAUCAGAAGUUUGGCUGUACUUCACUAAGAUUUACACCAUGGAUCCUGACAGGGUGUAUGCAGUGUGCCACUCUUGUGACAGGGGUUACAAGGGUCACUCCAAGAAUGGCACCUCUCACCUCAAAAGGCACAACAUGACAUGCUCAAGCAAGCACCGGAAAGUGUAGAGGAAGAAGUCUGGCAAUUCGUACUAGUUUUCGGAAAAUAUGAACCUUAGAACAGGAGAAGGGAGAAUGCGCUGAAGCUAGGAGCGAAAAGGAUGAACUUAAGCUGUGUCUUUUUCUUCUUGUCAACGUUUCCUUUUCUCAGUUUGUUUUAGGCUUGAUCUAUCCUCAAAGUACUGUCUUUCUUCAGAAAAAAUUAUAAUGUCAGUAUGGCUAAGUUUUUGAGUGAGUUCUAUUGGAGGUCUAAAAGUACUGUCUUUCUUCAGAAAAAUUUGUCAUCUUCUCUAGAUAUAUCUUGUGCUAAACAAAUGGGUUGGGCAAA